AUGCAAUCAACAUCCUAAAGAAAUCUCUUGUUGACUAGUCCUAUUAAAUAUUAAACAUCUAUGAAAUUCAAUCAAACACCAAAUGAAACAGGAAAACAAAAAUAAUAUUUCAUAAAGGAUAAGGAAACUAUGUUUGAGGAAAUUCAAUCUCUCAAAUAAAGCAAGAACCAAUUGUUUAUUAACAUUAAGAAGCUACAAGCUUAAGUGUAAUAUUAUAAGAAAGAGGCUAUAUACAAGGAUGAGAGCAGUCCUCUUAAAAGUUCAUCCAGAUUCAAAUNGAUAAAGAAGAGGAAUAAAAACUCUAGGCAUUGAAUCCUGAAAAAUUUAAGUAAUAAAGUUAAGAAAAUUAAGAAGAUAAGAAAGGAUAAUUAUUAGUUGAAGGAUUGUUAAAGAAAUCUACAGAAGAAUAAGAGUAAGAAGAUGAUUCAUAAGAAGGUUUAGAAUAAUUUGAAGGCAAAAACUUUAUGACAUAAAAACAUAAAGAAAGAUAUUUGGGAUUAAAAAAGAAAAUCUAAUAAUCUAAAGUAUUAAAUGAUAAAGCAGUUUUAAAUGAAGAAAGAUAAAAUACUGAUGCUUAAUAUGAUAAAUAUGUAAGGAAAAGAAGAUAUCUUUUGAAAAAGGAGGCAGAAAAAAAAGAAUUAGAAUUCAAAUAAAUAGAUGAAGAUAAAGAUUAUUUAAAUAGAUUAACAAUUAAACAUGAUGAAGAAUAAGAAAGAAAAAAAGAAUAUUUUGGAUGGGAUGUAUUUAAUGAAGAUGCUGUUUAUAAUGCUUAUAAGAAAAGAUGUACUACUUUAGCAAAAGAUGAAGGAAAAUAUAAAUAAUAAAUGGGUAUUUUAUAUAUAGAUUAAUUUUUAGAGUCAAAUUAAGAGUUUGUGCCUACAAAUGAAGCAUUAGAGAGACUGAGUUCUGAUAUUACUAAAUAGUAAGAGAGAAGAAAAGAGUUUUCAAGAAGAAGAAGAUUCAAUGAAGAUUAACCUGUGACUUAUAUUAAUGAAAGAAAUAGGAUCUUCAAUAAAAAAUUAGAAAGAUUCUUUGGAGAUUAUGCUGCAGAUAUUAAAGCUAAUUUAGAAAGAGGAACUGCAUCUUGAU